AUGACUAUACAAGACAAUCUUCAGCUUUAUUCUUUUGACAGCCAACUUGACCAGCAAGUUUCUCCUGUCGAAUUUCGGGACUACCUCAACCACGCAAGCGAUGCCAGAAUGGAAUUCUUGGAAUAUCAAGUUUAUCCAUGUACAAACAUCUCAGAGGAUCAGAUUCAUCCAAGCAUGAAUAAUGACGUUUUAUAUUGCCAGUUUGGGGAAUUUCCUUCACCGCAUAAUGUCCAGACCAGCCAUGAGCUCACCGAGGUCACGGCUGGAUUUGACAAUGAGAAUGGCUUGUCGUCUGAAGAAAUCAUUAAAGCGGCGGGCGCUCAGUACGUGCAUGCCUGGGCUCACGAGGGCUUCAAUUUGAACUCCCACUUUAACGUUCCAGACCAGGACGGGGUUCAAUUGGUUCACCUUCUUUUGGCCUCGGCAGAGUUGGUCAGCAGCGAACAAUAUGAAGAAGCCUCCAGGAUGGUAAGCCAGUGUAAAAAUAAAUCUUCCCAUCUGGGAAGCCCCAUAGAGAGGCUUUGUUAUUAUUUUUCCAAUGCUCUUGAAGAGAGAAUCAAAUUCCAAACCUGCCCUGAGCAAGAGAAAUGGAAACAGAUAAGCCCUGAUUUCACUAACAAUUUUCCAAGUGAUUAUGGAAAAGAUGAGUUGUAUGCUCUAGAGGCUCUCAGUACUAGGGUCAAUCCAUAUGCCAUAAUGCUACAAUUCACAGCUGUCCAGGCUAUCAUUGACACCAUGGGCCGUAGAAACAGAGUUCAUGUGAUUGAUUUGGGAAUUCGAACUGGUUGCCAGUGGACAUCACUGAUUCAGUCCCUUACUCAAAAAGUUUCUUGUUCUCUUCAGUAUCUCAAGAUCACAGCUGUUGGAAUGAACUCCCAUGAGCUUGAAAACAGCGGAAGAAGGCUUGUGGAGUUUGCUAAAACUAUGGCGAUUUCCUUCUCCUACUGCCCGGUCAAGAUCUCAAAUAUCGAGGAGAUUCACGAAGAUUUAUUCAACGUUAAGGCUGGUGAGUUCGUGGUGGUGUAUGCUCCAAUUGUUUUCAGAACUCUUUUAUAUGAUCCUAUUCUUCUCGGAAAUACUAUUAAUGUUAUCAAGAAAUUAAAGCCCCACAUUUUGGUGAAUUCAGAAGUAGAAGGGCAACACAAUUCCCCCUUCUUUGCAAGUCGUUUCGUUGAGGGGCUUUUCUAUUACAGCGCUUACUUUGAUUGUUUGGAGGUCGUGCGGCCGGACAGAAAUGAUUUAAGAAGGGCCAAGUUUGAAGAAGUAUGUUGCGGGAAAGAAAUAAGGAAUAUGUUAGCCUGCGAGGGGAAGUACAGAAGGGUGAGACACGUUAAGAUGGAUAUGUGGAGGUCUUUCUUCAGACAAGCGGGAUUUAAAGAAAAGAGCUUCAGCGUUCAGGCUUGGUGUCAGGCAAGAUUCUUGUUCAACCAUUAUAAUCCUGCAGAAAAUUUUACUAUUGAGCCGAAUGGAUCCGCCAUAACUGUAGGGUGGAAAGGAACGCAGUUGCACACAUUAUCUCUAUGGUCUCUUAGUAGAAAGCGAAAUCGCUAG